AUCGUUACAAAACCAAAAUGGCAGCAAGUGAUAUCAGCGCGUUAUCAUGUGAGCCGAUGAAAUAAUGUUUUUUUGAGUUUUACAGUCGCGAGUGAAAUUGUAAUUUGUGAAUUAGUGCAUUGUGACAUAAAAAACCAUGGUGGAUAUAAAAUCACCGCCGUUUAGUGAUAUAAAAAGACCUGAGGAAGUCGUUCGAAUGACGACGAACGAUAGCCUGAAAUUUGCAGUUCUUAUCGGGCUGAUAGAAGUUGGCCAGGUAACCAACCGUGAAGUGGUGAACACCGUUUUACACCUGCUGGUCGGAGGAGAGUUUGAUAUGGAGUUGAACUUCGUGAUUCAAGAUGCUCAGAACAUUCAGCACAUGCUGGAACUAUUGGAUCACUGUCCACCGAGCUUACAGGCUGAAAUCUGGUCGGUGUUCAUUGCGAUCCUGCGCAAGAGUGUGCGAAAUCUCCAAGCUUGUACCGAUGUCGGGCUCAUUCACCACGUUCUGCAGAGGUUGCCCCGUGCGGAGACUGUUGUUGCAGAUUUACUAAUAGAAAUGCUGGGUGUCCUGGCCAGCUAUAGUGUCACAGUGAAGGAGCUUAAACAGCUUUUCAAUGCUAUGAAAGCUGUUAAUGGAAAAUGGCCAAGACACUCUGCGAAACUCCUCAACGUCCUUCGUCAGAUGCCACAUAGAAAUGGACCCGACGUGUUCUUCAGCUUUCCUGGUAGGAAGGGAUCGGCUGUAGUGCUGCCCCCACUGGCUCGGUGGCCAUACGAAAAUGGUUUCACAUUUACAACGUGGUUUCGGCUGGAUCCUAUCAACUCUGUCAAUAUCGAACGGGAGAAACCAUACUUGUAUUGCUUCAAGACAAGUAAAGGAGUGGGCUACACUGCACACUUUGUCGGCAAUUGUCUUGUUCUGACGUCUAUGAAGGUUCGAGGGAAAGGUUUCCAACAUUGCGUCAAAUACGAAUUCCAACCAAGACGGUGGUACGCGAUAGCAGUAGUGUAUAUUUACAAUAGAUGGACGAAGAGUGAGAUAAAGUGUUUGGUGAAUGGGCAGCUAGCAUCCAGCACAGAGAUGGCCUGGUUCGUCUCCACCAAUGAUCCAUUCGACAAAUGCUACAUCGGCGCGACGGCUGAACUGGAUGAAGAACGCGUCUUCUGCGGUCAGAUGGCGGCUAUCUAUCUAUUUGGGGAGGCAUUGACUACUCACCAGAUUUGUGCCAUGCACCGUUUAGGCCCCGGAUAUAAGAGUCAAUUUCGAUUCGACAACGAAUGCAACAUCAGUUUACCGGAGAACCAUAAACGGGUGAGCGAUGCCGCUCCAACGCUUGCUGCAAUCCCGGAAACCCCAGAUCCUAUAGAACCCGUAUCUCCUACCCCUGAAGAUACCAGGAGCGCAGAAGCUUGCGUAGUUGUUAAGGAGGACGCGACGCCGCGCGGGCGUCGAAUCGCCGACGAAGCGCGAGAUGUCGCAGCGACGCAUGCUUCAUUGCUCGUAGAUAUUGAAGCAUGCAAGCGUGGUCAGUUCCGAUUCGACGCGGAAAAUCCGGAAGCGCUUCCUUCCUCUGAGGUCCGCGUUGAUCGCUUUGGUGAGCUCGUACACGAUCCAACGCAGAACAUUCAUGAUGUACUAUACGACGGCAAAUUGUCAUCGGCCAUAGUUUUUAUGUACAACCCGGUGGCUACUGAUGGACAGCUGUGCCUACAGUCGGCGCCCAAAGGGAAUGUCUCGUACUUUGUGCAUACACCGCACGCCCUAAUGUUACAGGAAGUAAAAGCCAUAGUGACACAUUCUAUACACAGCGCCCUCAACUCCAUAGGAGGCGUUCAAGUUCUAUUUCCAUUGUUCGCUCAAUUGGACCUGCCUCACGACGCGCCCGCAAAUGAUCCUAAAAGAGACCCCAUGUUGUGCUCCAAACUUCUUGGAUUCGUGUGCUCGUUGGUAGAGUCCUGCAGUACGGUACAACAGCAUAUGCUGCAAUGUCGUGGGUUCCUGGUAAUAUCGCAUAUGCUGCAACGCUGCGGCCGGGACCAUCUCACGCCGGACACGCUGGCGUCUUUCCUUCAUCUCACCAAACAUCUUGUCACUUGCUGCUCGCCAAACUCGGAUCUGCUGCUUAAACAGUCUUUUUGCCAAUCGUUCCUGACAUGGCAGCUGCUGGACCACAUACUCUUCAAUCCGGCCCUAUGGAUCCACACACCAGCCGCAGUCCAAGCCCGUCUUUACUGCUACUUAGCGACGGAUUUCCUGGCUGAUGCCCACAUAUAUGGCAGUGUUCGACGUGUCAGCACAGUUCUGCAGACUGUGCACACACUUAAGUACUAUUAUUGGGUGGUCAACCCACGCACAAAGAGUGGCAUCACGCCUAAAGGCAUGGAUGCCCCUCGACCAGCUCACAAAGACAUCCUCACGAUAAGAGCAUACAUCCUAUUAUUUCUCAAACAACUGAUAAUGAUCGGUAACGGUGUGAAGGAAGACGAACUUCAAUCGAUAUUAAAUUAUCUAACCACGAUGCACGAGGAUGAGAACCUUCAUGAUGUGCUGCAAAUGCUGAUAUCUCUGAUGUCAGAACACCCCAGUUCUAUGGUACCAGCGUUUGAUGCCAAGGGAGGCGUUCGCACGAUAUUCAAACUGCUGGCCUCGGAGAGUCAAUUAAUAAGACUUCAAGCGCUGAAAUUACUUGGAUUUUUCCUUAGCAGAAGUACCCAUAAACGCAAAUACGACGUGAUGUCCCCACAUAAUCUUUACACGCUGCUCGCAACAAGAUUAGCUGCGAGUGGGGAGCCAUUAUCUGCCCCAGUUUACAAUGCGUUGUACGAACUGUUAACUGAGCAUGUCGGUCAACAAAUAUUGUAUACAACCCAUCCGGAACCGCAACCGCAUUUUCGCCUGGAAAAUCCUAUGAUCCUCAAAGUUGUAGCAACGCUGAUCCGUCAAUCGAAGCAAACAGAACAGCUUCUGGAAGUGAAGAAAUUAUUCUUAUCAGAUAUGACGCUUCUAUGUAGCAAUAAUAGAGAGAAUCGUCGUACAGUAUUGCAAAUGUCCGUCUGGCAGGAAUGGCUGAUCGCACUAGCGUACAUUCACCCGAAGAAUACGGAAGAACAGAAGAUAUCUGACAUGGUCUACUCGUUGUUUAGAAUGCUUCUUCAUCACGCAAUCAAGCAUGAGUAUGGUGGAUGGAGAGUAUGGGUGGAUACAUUGGCUAUUGUUCAUUCUAAGGUAUCUUACGAAGAAUUCAAGCUCCAAUUCGCUCAAAUGUAUGAACAUUAUGAGCAACGCAGAGCUGACAACAUAACUGACCCAGCCGAACGUCAGCAGCGGCCUAUCUCAACAAUCUCUGGAUGGGACCGGCACACAGAACCCCGUCCUUCUCGAGUAUCUCCAGAGAGGGAUGUUAAACAAAAUGUAUUAAACCAUGCCGCUCAAACAGAAAUUGGCAAAGGGUUGUCCCUUAGAGAAAUAGAAACGUGCAAUUGUAAAUCAAACGAUGAUAGUCGGACUACAGUAGUGUAUAGUGAAGUGUGUAAAGUUCAUAGUCCUGCCAAAAAUACCCAAGUGCCCGAUAACGGUUGUGAUAGUGAUAAAAAUGAAUUAGAUGAACAGUCGGAGUCAGUAGUUCAAUCGAUUGUAGAGAAUGAACUUCUCAAAAGUUCCGAAUCUGGUAUUGUAGCGGAAGAUGAGAGAAUCGAUAAACCCAUGUCGCGACAGGGAAGCCUCGAUUAUAUACCUGUUAGAGAUGUUGGCGAGAAUUUGGUUAAUGAUAACACUGAUAAAAGUGAGGGAUUACCUUCCAGUUUAUCAGUCAGCGAAACAGCCAGCCCUGAGAGAGUUUCUGAAGGACUUAACCCCGUUAAUGAAAGAGAAUCAGAACUUUCAGAUCGAUCGGAAUUAUAUUUAACUCCGAGUGAAGCAACCAGCCCAAAGAAAGUACAAGAUAAGACUGAUUUACCUGACGACGUCACUGAUGAUCCUAAGCAUGUUGCCAUAAACAUUGUUAAUGAUGUACUGACGAUUGCAUUGGAAACUGUAAGAUUGAAAACUGAUGACGACACCGACUCCGGUGCUAUAUCCGGUGGACUCAACUCAGAAGGAAAUACGCCAAAUGGGCGAGAAGACUUAGAGCACGAUAUAGAAGACAUUGUCGACCACAAACAAGUUGAAACUAUCGCUAGUGAAAUAGUUUCGGAUAUAAUCGAUGCAGUUGUUAUGAAAAGUGAAAUGCCUGAAGGUCCCAAUGAAGAUUACAUCAAAAAUGAAUUAGCAAUCGAUAACGAAUUUAUAGUUCCUAAUGAAACAGAACACGAAAAAGUAAUAGAAAAUGAAAUUGAAAAUGAAAUUGAUAUAGAUGAAGAAAAAGAAAAGAACGAACAAUCAGGUGAACGACCACGUUCGAUUCUAGAAACGAAACCCGAAAUUCCAGCAAUAUCAACAAUUAGUGAGAAUAUUUCGUUAGCGAAUAAGGAACAUGAGAUUCAAGAAGAUCAAUGUGAUAAUGAUAGGGAGAAACGCCGGGUGAGUUUGCCCGGAAGUGAAAUAACGCCUGAUUUGAGAGGUGAAGGCAUUGCCUCGCAAGGAACUAAUACUUCGACAUCACCCAAACGACCCAGGAGCGCCUCGACCAGUACUCAAGUGGACUCAAAUCAUUUUGAAUGUUCCCGAUCGGCGCGUGCGUCACGUGCGAUGUUCUCUCCUGGUCCAACGCGGCCUCCAUUCCGCAUUCCAGAGUUCCGUUGGUCGUAUAUACACCAGCGUCUGCUUUCUGAUGUGCUGUUCUCUCUUGAGACUGAUAUACAGGUCUGGCGCAGUCAUUCCACCAAAUCUGUGAUUGAAUUUGUGAACAGCAGUGAAAAUGCAGUUUUUGUUGUCAAUACUGUACACCUCAUCAGCCAGCUGGCUGAUAAUCUUAUCAUCGCCUGUGGAGGCUUAUUACCACUGUUGGCUUCUGCCACAUCACCUAAUAAUGAAUUGGAUGUGAUCGAACCAACUCAAGGUAUGCCCGUCGAGGUUGCAGUUACCUUCCUCCAAAGACUUGUGUCUAUGGCUGAUGUACUGAUAUUCGCAAGUGCCCUGAACUUCGGAGAAUUGGAAGCUGAGAAGAACAUGUCCAGCGGUGGAAUACUUCGGCAGUGUUUACGCUUGGUCUGCACGUGCGCGGUACGCAACUGCCUCGAGUGUAAAGAGCGACAGCGCUGCACGGCGCGACCCACACGGAAUUCCGAAUCACCCUCGCCUAAGAGCGUAGUUGCGAGUUUAGCAGAAGCGUCGAGUCCCGUAAAAGACCCGGAGAGGCUGUUACAAGACAUGGAUGUUAAUCGCCUCCGAGCUGUAAUAUACCGAGAUGUUGAGGAAACGAAACAAGCUCAAUUCCUAUCGCUAGCCAUCGUCUAUUUUAUAUCAGUUCUUAUGGUGUCGAAGUACCGCGACAUUCUAGAACCACCACCGCACGCCACUGCCUCAACUGACUGCGCACGUCGCAUUCACCACGCCCAUGAGCACGCCGGCGGGUCCCGGCCCCUUUUCGCGCAGUGGUCGCAUCACGUCUACCCGCAGUUCCUGGGUGGUGCGCAGGCGGCGCGUCACGCGCACUGCAAACUGGAUUGCGCGCACAUUAGCACUAACACGCACGCGCACGCUCGCAUAGCUAGUUACCACCGCGAGCACGCGCACGGGCACGCAGAUGAAACAGCAGAGGAUGUUGAGUACGCUAUGAUUGUUGUUGACGAAAACAACUCAACUGCUCACGACCUGGACUCACCGUCAAUGAAGGAUGGCGAAAACAUCGCGAAAAUUGAAACCAGCACUGAUGAAGUGAAACCAUCUGAAAAGACAGUAGAAGUUACUCCAACCGCCGAGAGAGAGGAACCGCUGUUCCAGUCGAGUUUGAGAAGACCUGCGCGCGCGCCCAAGCCUCCCAGCUCCAGAUCAAAAACUCUAUCGGGAAUCACGGUGUCUGUGGUCAAACUGAGUGUGGAUUCCAUUGAGGACGCGGGGUCGUUCCAUCUCAACUCCACAGAGACCACAAAUAAUGAUCCAGAGACAUCUAGCGAGAUUGCAUUGGACGACAAUAAACAUCCCGUGAGUAACGACGAGUCGUGGACUGACGUGAAUUUGAAUGAUGAUGCUGAACGUGGACCAGCCACUAUUUCUGGAAGACCACGAGAUCAUGAAGAAAUAGAGAAACAAAUUCAUCUACGCAGCGAGCAACACGUGCAACGUUUGCAAAAUCGUAACUUACAAGCAGCUCAGAGACAUUUACAUCAGCAGGAAGCAGCAACCACUUGUAGCGAUAAUGCAGUCUGUGAAAUCACGGGUGUUGGGGCUCGUGAAGCCUCUCUCACACAUAAAUUGGAACGUGCCUUGGGUGCUGUAUGCCCACUACUUCGUGAAAUUAUGUUGGAUUUUGCACCAUUUUUGUCAAAAACACUCGUUGGCAGUCAUGGACAGGAGCUUUUAACUGAAGGUCUUCAAACGUUUAAGACCAGCACGUCUGUGGUGGAACUGGUGAUGUUGCUCUGCUCUCAAGAGUGGCAGAACUCCUUACAGAAGCAUGCUGGCCUGGCAUUUAUUGAGCUGAUCAACGAAGGAAGAUUGCUAUCUCAUGCUAUGAGAGAUCAUAUUGUCCGAGUCGCAAAUGAAGCGGAGUUCAUUCUGAAUAGGAUGAGGGCUGACGAUGUUCUGAAACAUGCUGAUUUCGAGUGCCUCUGCGGUACAUGGGGCGCCGAACGCGCGGAGGAAGAGCGGACGUGCGAGCGUUUAAUUGCGGGAGCGAGACGCAGAGACACGGCGUCCGCUGCUCGGAUGCUCGAUAAGCUUCACCACGCAUGCGCCGCUAGCUGUGGUGGUAGCGGAGCGCCAUCUUGCGAGCACUGGAAGUUGGAUUCAUGGGAGGACGACGCGAGGAGACGUCGACGUCUAGUUCCAGACGCGCGUGGAAGACGACAUGAUGAGCGCGCGCAUUCUACACACCAUGCUCAGUCACACCCACCAACAGAUGCUAUAUUACAGGCGACAGAGGAACUCCACGCGCGUAUAGCGGGCGUGUCGGGCGGGGCACAGUUACCGGCUGCGCCUGCGCAGGAGUUGCUCGAUGACGCCGAGUUACUCAUUGAUGAGAGGGAUGCAGAACAGGAUCUUAGUGGUCCUGUAAACAUGAGCACGCGGGCACGUCUGGUAUCGGGUGGAAUGGCUGCCCUUGGCACAUUAUCGCUGACAGCCACUGAACUAUACUUUGAAGUGGAUGAAGAGGAUCCGGAAUAUAAGAAGAUUGACCCUGAGGUGUUGAAAUACUGCGAGCACCUGCACGGAAAAUGGUACUUCAGCGAAAUACGCGCGAUCUUCUCCAGACGUUAUUUGCUGCAGAACACGGCCAUCGAGAUGUUCCUUGCCAGCAGAACCUCAAUAUUCUUCGCAUUCCCGGACCAGACGACGGUGAAGAAGGUGAUAAAAGCUUUGCCUCGAGUCGGAGUUGGUAUCAAGUACGGCAUUCCACAGACCAGACGCGCUUCCAUGAUGUCGCCGCGGCAGCUGAUGCGAAACUCAAACAUGACGCAGAAGUGGCAACGGCGCGAAAUUUCAAAUUUCGAAUACCUCAUGUUCCUUAACACUAUUGCAGGACGAACAUACAAUGACCUAAACCAGUAUCCGGUGUUCCCAUGGGUGCUGACCAACUAUGAGAGCGAGGAGCUGGAUCUGAGCCAACCCUCAAACUACCGGGACUUGUCUAAGCCAAUCGGCGCUCUCAAUCCGAGUCGUAGAGCCUACUUCGAAGAACGCUACAACACUUGGGAACACGAAUCGACGCCGCCGUUCCACUAUGGGACCCAUUACUCAACAGCUGCGUUUGUACUCAACUGGCUUGUUAGAAUUGAACCCAUGACUACAAUGUUCCUAGCACUGCAUGGCGGGAAGUUCGAUCAUCCAAACCGGCUCUUCUCCUCUAUCGCCCUAUCCUGGAAGAACUGUCAACGCGAUACAUCCGAUGUGAAGGAGCUGAUACCAGAGCUCUUCUUCCUGCCUGAGAUGUUGGUGAACAGCUCUGGAUGUGACCUCCAACUGCCUGAUAGUCCCUCUGGCGAUGUCCAGCUGCCACCAUGGGCGUCUUCACCGGAGGAGUUCGUUAGAGUCAAUCGUAUGGCGCUGGAGUCGGAAUUUGUCUCUUGCCAAUUGCACCAAUGGAUUGACCUUAUUUUCGGAUAUAAGCAACGAGGGCCUGAAGCCGUACGCGCAACCAACGUGUUCUACUACCUAACAUACGAAGGUGGCGUUCGACUUGACCAAAUCCCAGAGGGCGUCACACGCGCAGCAGUUGAAGAGCAAAUACGAAGCUUCGGACAGACUCCUGCGCAGCUUCUAAGCGAGCCCCACCCACCGCGCGCGUCCCCCCUUCAUCUAGCACCGCUGAUGUUCUCAGCUCCUCCUGACGAUGUGUGCUUGCGACUGAAACUCCCGUCGAACGCUGCUGUUGUCCAUGUCUCGGCUAACACGUAUCCUCAGCUGGCGGCUCCAGCAGCGCUGACUGUCAGCGCAGCUCGCGCCUUUGCUGCGCACCGCUGGUUGGCUGGUGGAUGUGCGCAUGUCGCUGCUAGGCAUCAGGAUUUGGCGCCUCCACAUCAUCCGCUAGUAAUGGACCCAGUGUGGGCUGCUGGAGGAGCAGCUGCUCUCGCCCGACGUCACCUCGGCGACAACUUCUCUCAACGGGUCCGUGCUCGCACCAACUGCUUCGUCACAACCGUCGACUCGCGCUUCCUAAUCGCUGCCGGAUUCUGGGACAACAGUUUCCGCGUCUUCUCAACUGACACCGGAAAGAUCGUCCAAAUAAUCUUCGGCCAUUAUGGCGUUGUGACGUGCGUCGCGCGAUCGGAAUGCAACAUCACAUCGGACUGCUACAUCGCAUCCGGGUCUGAAGACUGUACUGUCUUGUUGUGGCACUGGUCGGCUCGCGCUGGGGGAAUAGUCGGCGAAGGGGAUACGCCAGCACCACGUGUCACACUGACAGGUCACGAGGCGGCUGUGGUAGCUGUGCUGGUGUCAGCGGAGCUCGGCUUGGUCGUGUCAGCCUCCGCGGACGGACCUGUGCUGGUGCAUACGACGUUUGGUGAAGCGCUGCGCUCGCUCGAGGCGGGUUCAGGGGCGGCGUCGCCCCAGCAAUUGGCGUUAAGCCGCGAGGGGGUUGUUGUGGUGGCGUAUAGGAAGGGACAUUUGGCGGCUUUCUCGCUGAAUGGACGUCUUCUGAGGCGGGAAACGCACGCUGAUCGAUUUAGAUGUUUGGCGCUGUCGCGUUGUGGCGAGUACCUUGUUUGUGGUGGCGAUGCGGGCGUGGUGGAAGUGUGGCGGGCGUUUACGCUGGCGCCCUUAUACGCCUUCCCGCCAGCUGGGGCACCUGUUUGCUCUCUGGCGCUUUCACAUGAUCAACGGUACCUAUUGGCCGGCCUCGAGAAUGGUUCACUGGUCGUUUUCCACAUCGAUUUCAACCGCUGGCAUCACGAGUACCAGCAACGCUAUUAAAUACCAGCAAAGUACUUAAUUAUUCCAGCACAAGUACUUAAUUAUACCAGAAUAAAUACUUAAUAAUCCAGCAAAAGUACUUAAUUAUACCAGAAUAAAUACUUAAUUAUUCCAGCUAAAAUACUUAUUAAUACCAGCAUCGAUGUAAUUGUAAACAGUUUAACUAUAGAACAAAAGUAGGUAUAUUCAUUUUUAAGCGCAUUUUAAAUAUAUUUUUAAUUCGAUAUUGUCUUACUUUUCAAAGAUUAUUAAUAUUUAGUAGAAAAGUUUGAUUUUCUUUUUUCUAUCUUGCUUUUAUUCUUACCAAAACUUUUAAAUAUUUGAACUGAAUUAAGAAAUUAACUAUUGUUUUUAAUCUAUGGACCGUGAGUUUAUCUGAUAGUAGCAACGGAUUUUUCUACUAAAUAUUUGUAUAAUCUAUAUUUAAAUGUAUAAUUGCGAUGUAAUUCUGGUAUAUUAUUGAUCGUUAAUGUAAUUGUUAAUUUUGUUUAUAAUUGUAUAAAUUGUGUGAGAUAUUUUAGUUUUAAGUAUUUCUUCACAUUCCAUUUAUCGAUGUGUACAAUCCCCGCAAAUUGCUAAUGACACAUUCAAAUUUAAUUUAGCUAACAUUUUGAUAUAACAUUAUUCAUCAAUUGAUUAAACAAUAGAAUAAAAAAUAUUAAAAGAGAUUCACAAAAAACAACAUGGUGGGUGUAUUAGUAAUCUGUGUAUAUUGUAUUGAUUAGUGCCAUAGGUCAAUUGAGUUGUAACUACAAUUAUUAUAUUACUUUCCAUUCCAAACAGUGGUCUAAUGUACUUAAUAAUUACACACGUAUGGAAAAGUCAUAAUAUAGCGCUCUUAAUCUUUGCUCACGUUGCUAAGUCAAACUUAAAGAGUCGUUGCUUAGUAUAGCUCAGACUUUAAUUUAACAAGAGCUUAAAUAUGUACUUAACAGUAAUUACAACGUUUCUAUUCCCUUUUUUCUAAUCUAAACUAACAUUUAAGAUAAAGUCUAGGAAAUCUAUGAAAAUUCACUUCUGUCAGUACACAAGACAGAUUAUAUCAUAUGGAGUAAAGUUCGUGAAUCCCAAUAAUUGUAAGGAAUUACAAAAUUUGUCAAACGAAAAUACUACAGGUUAAAAAAAAAUUAUGGGCAGGCUAAAGACUUUCGACCAUACCGCCUAAUAUUACAAAUUUUAUUCAAAAAUAUUUUGAGAACUCUAUGAACUGAUUGACUGAAUUGUCAGAUUGGCGCCAAAGUCUGAAUUUCGAAUAUAUGACUUCUCAAUACGUACGUGUAAAAAUUUAUAUAUUUUUAUUUUAUCUAUGACUUUUAUUGCGUCCAUUAUUUAAGUAUUAUUUUUUUAUUCGAAUCAUUCCUUAAAUGAAUUUUAUUAGGUGAUGGGUAUUGGUACUUAUUUAA